AUGUCUAUGGCUUCAUCUUCAUCAUGGACAUCGUUCCUCAAAUCCAUUGCAUCGUUCAAUGGUGAUUUGUCCAGCUUGACUGCUCCUCCCUUUAUUUUAUCCCCUUAUUCACUUACGGAAUACAGUGAAUAUUGGGCAGAACAUCCUGACUUAUUGAUAGCCCCUAACUUUAUUUGCUUGGAACCCGGUAUGACUUCUAGUGAGUCUGCUAGGACUGCCAUGGAAUUGAAGCGUAUGAUUGCAGUCACUCGGUGGUUUAUCUCAACUUUGAGAUCACAAUACUGCUCUCGUAACGAAAGUAUGGGUACCGAAAAGAAGCCUUUGAACCCCUUUCUAGGUGAAGUUUUUGUUGGAAAAUGGGACGAUAAAUCAUCUGAAAAGAAUUUGGGUGAAACAUUUCUUUUAAGUGAACAAGUAAGUCACCACCCCCCUGAAACUGGUUACGCCAUUGUAAACAAGAAGAACAAGGUUACUUUACAAGGUUAUAAUGGUAUUAGAACUUGGUUCUCCACUACUACUUUAAACAUCAAGCAAUAUGGUCAUGCUCUUUUAUCCUAUGGUGAAUUGGAUGAAACAUAUUUGGUGACCUUACCUCCUUUACACAUUGAAGGUUUAAUUACUGCUAGUCCAUUUGUUGAAUUGGAUGGUACCAGUUAUAUUCAAGCCAGUAAUGGACUUAUUGCGGUCAUUGAAUAUAGUGGCCGUGGUUACUUUAGUGGUAAGAAGAAUUCUUUCAAGGCCCGUAUUUUUAGGGACCAAUUGAGCGCACAAUCCAAAGAGAAUGCGUUGGUAUCAAUAGCAGGUCAAUGGAGUGGUAAAUCUUAUAUAUGUAAGGGAUACGGUAGCCCCCUGAGUAAAGGUGACCAAUUAUUCCAUGACGCUCAAUGGAAGCAAGCUGAAGGGUUGACCGUAAAACCAAUCGAAGAGCAACAUCCAUUGGAAACAAGAAAAGCAUGGAAAAAAGUGGCCGAUGCAAUCAAGGCUGCUGAUUAUGACUUGAUUGCCAAAGAAAAGACAAUUAUUGAAAACCAGCAAAGAGAAAUGAGAAAGAAGGAAGCUGAAAACGAAACCAAAUGGGAACAAAGAUGGUUCGACCCCGUUGACUAUACUAGUCUGGAAGGAGCACCUGAUGAUAGAUUCUUAAGUUUGGCUGAUAUGGCUAAUUUGUCUUCCGGAAAUGUUCCAAGUGGUACUACUAAGGGUUCAAAGUAUGACGUGCCAUCCACUACUGAAAAUAUGAAACAUUGGAGACUUAACUUGGAGAAGUGGGAGAAGGAAACAGAAAUUAAGCUCUGA